GGCAUCACGCGGCCUACAGCGGAUCUGCUGGUGGUGGUGUUGUUGUGGAGAGACAAACAUGGCGCAGGUGGACUAGGAUUGCAGACGAUUAGGAAGAAAACAACCAGAGGGAUACAUUUUUUUUCCUGGAAAAGCUCGAUCCUGUACAAUGCAUGGGUGAAAUGGUCUCAAUCUUGUAUUGGAUCACUUCUACUGCUUCGUUGAUGACUAAAAAGCGACCAGGACGCAGGAAUACAUUCAACGCCAUUCAUAAACAUUUCUAUAGGACUUCAAACCCCUGAGUGUUGUUCUCGGAUCAUUGAAAAUCAUAUCGUACGGCUUCUAGCAAAGCAUGGCCGGUAAAGGGAAACUGAGUAGUGAACUACCUACAGGCAUGGAUAGAUUAAAGGAGGAACAUCGAAAGGUGGUGAAAGACUGCCAAAGUCAAAUUUCACACUGGAGAAAAUUCAAGAAUGAUUAUGAAAGUCUGCAGAAGCGCCUCAGCACUUUGCCUGAUAAGCUGUCCUAUGAUAUUAUGGUACCAUUUGGUUCUUUGGCUUUCAUGCCUGGGAAGCUGGUUCACACCAAUGAGCUUACAGUUCUGCUCGGAGAUAACUGGUUCACAAAGUGUUCUUCUAAGCAGGCCCAGACACUUGUAGAACACAGAAAGAAACAUGUAAAGAGUAAACUGGAUGAUUUGCACAAAGUGAUGAAGAGCUUUCAAGACCGAGCUGGCUUCACAGAAGAUCUUAAAAGGAUGGCCUUACAGGAUAGAGGAGAUUUUAUUGACAUCAGAGAAGAAGUAGAAAAUGUGGAAGCAGUUACCAAAGGUAAACAUCGUGUGGCCCACAAAACAAACUCCAAGCCUAAGGAGGAGUACAUGGUGCAGUUGGAGGAGGAAGAGGAGGAGGAUGACAGUAUGGAUGCAGGAAGUAAAAGAGUACUGUCUGAGGAGGAGCUGUGGGUACGGCUGGAUGAGCUGGAGCGUCUGGAGGAGGAGCAGGAUGAGAGGGACAGGGAUAGCACGGAUACCAACGGUGAGGACACGACUUCUUCGUCGGAAGAAGAGAAGGAGGCAGAUGCUGGUGCAAAGGUCCAGGUUAAUGGCCAUGAUAAACAUUCUGACUUUGCUCCUGCCUCUCACAUAAGCCAGAUCAAUGGCAUCAAACCACAGCUUGAUGAAGAGCAAGACGAGGAAGGUGAAGAGGAAGGCAAUGCUCUUCCAACUAUCUACUUCAGUCAUACAGUUGAGCCGAAAAAAGUGCGAAUAAACACAGGAAAGAACACCACUCUAAAGUUCAGUGAGAGGAAAGAGCAGAAAGAGCAGGCUAAACGUAAGAAGAAGAACGGCAAGUGCAACGGACAUGCUGUUCACGAGCAUCAUAAAAUCACGACGCCUGCUGAUAUCUACAGGGUCUUCGUGGAUGUAGUAAAUGGUGAGCCUGUCCCGAGGAAAUCCAUCCUAAAGUCUCGCAGUCGUGAGAACAGCGUGUGCAGUGACACCAGCGAGAGCAGCACGGCAGACUUUGAGGAGCGUCGUGCCUUUGUUAACCGCACACACAGCCACGAUGACGCCACCCACAGCGACACAAGCGACGGGAUUACUGAAGAGGACAGUCCUGGAAUAAGUCUUUACCCUAAUGGACGCUUUGAGGCAUUUUCAGGAACAGUAAUUGAAAAGGAUCCACUGCCUUCAAUGAUUCCUUAUUUGACGAUCACCCCUCCUGCGUUACCCACAAUUCUCGAAAGAAAGCAAGAAGAGGUGGGCUCAGAAGUACCCCAGGAGCCCCCCAAGAGGGUAUCAAAGUUUAAAGCUGCCCGGCUGCAGCAUAAGUGACACCCGUAAAGAUCUAUUAGUUAUUUCCUUUUCUAGAAUCCCUUUUGUAUGACAGUAAUAAUUGAUGGUCCUGUAAACCUCUGUCUGAUCUCUCUCUCUCUCUUUCUCUCUCUCUUUCUCUCUCUUUCUUUGUUUUUUCCCCCUGUCCUCUCUUGCUUUCUUUCUUUUAGCAUUUGCUACAGUUCUGUGCUGCCUUGCUCAAGCCAGACAGCCUCUUUCACUAUGCAUUUUCUAAACAUCAGCUUUGUUCUGUAUUUGUUUGUAGAGUAGAACAUCUAACUCUAAACAAACCUCUUCAGCCUCUCCACUUUGCUGAUUUGAGCAGGCACUUUUUGUUUACUGAGAUAAGGCUGCAUAUCUCACUUUUAUUAUAUAUACCAACUGCCUUUGUUUUGUGUGCCCAAAGGCCACAUCUAUGUGAAAAUGAAGCAGGAGCAUUAGAAAUUUCAUGUGCUACACACAUACGUGGCAGGUUAUUGUCUUUGUGAUUUUACUAGCUUCACUGGUGACCUGUCUAAAUUACCGUCUAUAACAGUCAUCUGUCUGUUUUGUACCUUAUAAAGUAGCUCAUCCUGCAAACAGUCUCCUUUAACUUCUAAACCUUUGUAAAAAAUCUUCUAUAUUGAGAUUUUGCUGUGUCUCCAGUCUUUGGAUGUGGAUCAGCUUUUUGUGAUCGAAUACAAAUGUUAAUCAGAAAAAUAAAAGAUUUUUGCCUAUA